AUGGGAUGAGAGUUAAAAUGAGUUACGAAGAUUAGACAGGCCGGACUGUGCGCGGAGUGCACGCGCAUCGACGCUGCCUUCUCAGAAUAUGUUCCUCCUUUACCUCCUCUUGCCUUUCUGGUUUUUGCUUUCUUCUCCCUCUCAAACCCUAAAACCCUACUCCCCUCCGUAGGGAUUCCAAUCCUUCAGGACCCUCACAAUGUUUUAAUUUUUUGAAAAGCAAAGGAAACGCUUUAUGUUUUAGUUUUUGGAAACAUUUUCAACCGUUUCGUGUGAGAAGUCGUCGGAUCUCAUGAUUUCUCGCGGCUUCCAGGGAGGCUGUUUUCUUGUUGGAUCGUCUGGGUCCAUGCGCAGGCUUGCCCCCCUUGGGCAGUUUGUUGUAAACUCACUAGCCUCCUCUGUUGUUAUGAAUACUUGUAGCCUUUAAAGUCUGUAUGUAUGGUGAAAUGAUGUUGUAAAUUAUAUAGUUUAGGAACAAUACUUUUAUGAGACGCGAAGGUUUUUUUUUUUUUCCUUUUUGUUCCCUGAGUUGGUCAGAGGGGAAAAGGUGAAAUUUGGGUAGGGAGGACUUUGGUUGUUUGGUUUUGGUUCAGAGGGUUUAUUUUAAUGGAAGGAGGCUCAGGUCCGAGCUAUGUUCCUCCUGCAACUGCUUUUGAUAAGUCUAGAAUUUUGGAUGUGAGGCCCUUGCGUAGUUUGGUCCCUGUGUUCCCCUCAUCUACACAAGCGCCUCCCUUCAUCUGUGCGCCACCUUGUGGCCCUUUCCCUCCUGGGUUCAGUCCAUUUUACCCAUUCAGCAUGCCGCAGGGACCUCAACCCUCGCCUGAACCUCAGCAACAAACACCACCAAUGAGAACUACAAACCAAGAGGGAGGUUUUCCGCAUACCAAUCCCAUGCAAACUCCACCUGGUCCAAUGCCAACUCCCAUUCGAUCUUUCAGAGCUCCAGAUACUGUGGCGCCGCCCCAUCGUGCGUGGGCUUCUAAUGGUGAUGCAGGGUCAUCAAUGGAAGCCUCUAGAGAGAUGGGUAUGCCAUCUCCAAAUCAAUGUGUGAAUCUGGAGAAGUCUGCUGGGCAGACAAUGAAUGAAGAUGGAUUUUUUGAUAGCCAGAAGCGGGCAGCUCCUCAUCUGCGUGGUUCCUAUGCGUUGCACAAAAAGACAAAGAGAAGCCAGGAUGUAGCCUUUUCAGCUGAUGGUGACAAGGGGUCUGGUAAUAAUUAUCUUUGUGCUAUAAACUCAUUGCAGAGAGAUGAAGGUGACAGUGAAUUAGUUGGUUAUAUACUCAUGACAUUUGAUGCCCUUCGGAGACGGCUUUGCCAACUUGAUGAUGCUAAGGAAGCACCGAGUGGGGGUAUCAGGCGCAUGGAUUUAAAAGCUGGAAAUAUCUUGAUGAGCAAAGGGGUAAGGACAAACAUGAGGAAGAGAAUUGGUGAUGUUCCUGGAGUGGAGAUUGGAGACAUUUUCUUUUUCCGGAUGGAGUUGUGUUUGGUGGGAUUACAUGCACAGUCUAUGGCUGGGAUUGAUUACAUGGUUAUCAAGGGGGAUCUGGAAGAAGAUCCUUUUGCUGUAAGCAUCGUUUCUUCAGGAGGAUAUGAUGACGAAGCAGAGGAUAGGGAUGUUUUGAUUUACAGUGGCCAGGGUGGGAACUUUAACAGGAAAGAUAGGCAAGCAGCAGAUCAGAAACUUGAAAGGGGUAAUCUUGCUCUAGAGAGAAGCUUGCGAAGGGAAAAUGAUGUUAGAGUUAUUCGGGGCAUGAAAGAUGCAGUUAGUCCCUCUGCAAGGGUCUAUGUCUAUGAUGGGCUUUAUACAAUCCAUGAUUCUUGGAUGGAGAAAGGGAAAUCAGGUUGUAAUAUUUUCAAGUAUAAAUUAGUGAGGAAACCUGGGCAGCCCGGUGCUUUUGCCAUUUGGAAAACAAUUCAGAAAUGGAAGGAAGGAUUUGCAUCUAGGGCUGGACUUAUCCUCCCUGAUCUUACUUCUGGGGCUGAAAGUAUACCGGUGUCGCUUGUAAAUGAUGUUGAUGAUGAGAGAGGGCCUGCUUAUUUCACCUACUUUCCUACUCUUAAAUACUCAAAAUCAUUCAGCUUAACACAACCUUCUUAUGGCUGCAACUGUCAUAAUGCGUGUCUCCCAGGUGAUCUCAAUUGCUCUUGCAUUCGGAAGAAUGGGGGUGAUUACCCAUACACCUCCAAUGGGAUUCUAGUGAGCCGGAAGCCAAUGGUAUAUGAGUGUGGUCCUACUUGCCCAUGCUUUCCUAAUUGCAAGAACCGAGUUUCUCAAACAGGUCUAAAAGUUCGCUUGGAAGUAUUUAAAACGAAGGAUAGGGGUUGGGGAUUGCGGUCAUGGGAUCCUAUUCGGGCUGGUACUUUCAUUUGUGAAUAUGCUGGUGAAGUCAUAGAUAAAGCCAAAGUAAAACUGGAACGAGAUGAAGGUGAAAAUGAUGAAUACAUUUUUGAUACAACCCGUGUUUAUGAAAAUAUAUUCAAGUGGAAUUAUGAGCCUGGGUUAUUAGAUGAGGAGAGCUCUGGUGCCUCCAAUGAGAACUACAAGAUCCCAUUCCCCCUAAUAAUAAGUGCAAAAAAUGUUGGAAAUGUUGCUCGAUUUAUGAAUCAUAGUUGCUCUGCUAACGUAUUUUGGCAACCACUUAUAUAUGAACACAAUAAUGAAUCAUUUCUCCAUAUUGCAUUUUUCGCAAUCAAGCACAUUCCUCCUAUGAGAGAGUUGACAUAUGAUUAUGGGAUUCCGCAAUCUGAAAAAUGUGAUCUCGAGGGUAAUAUUAUCCCCAGGAGGAGGAAAAAAUGUUUAUGUGGGUCAGCAAAAUGCAGGGGCUACUACAGUUGACAGUUAAGGUGCACUAACCAGCGAUAAGAGCAGCACCAUCAAACAUGAUUCUGGUUAAAAGGACCGUAGGGAGCAACAAACUAGCUCAUGAGGAGCCUGUUAAUCCGUGGAGCUGUUUUAAGAGGUGCAGACUAUUCAAGCAGACCUGUUUAGGUUUAAAUUGGCACUGAGCUUCGCUAGCUAGAGCUAGGACCUGACCUGCUUUUGACACCCAUCUCAUUUUCCCGGAGCGCUUUCAACAGGUUCUAUGUUAAUGACUAUAAUAGCAGAAGUCAUCACUCGGUUAUUGUAAUGGAAAUUUUAUUUUUGUGUACAAUGGUCCUUGCUAUCAGAAAGGGAAAAAGGGCUUGCGUAGAUCUUUUCAUGUUUUUUGUUCCUUUUUGUUCUCUAUUUAUUUUUUUGUUAGCAGAGCGGCAAAUAUGCUCUUUCAAAAAGGUUCAUAUCACAAAAGUAGAUAACAGGGCAAUGCAAACUUGAAACUUUGUUCAUAAUGCUGCCAAUAAUCCAAAAUGGCUUUUUUUUGGCGUCC